AUGAGGAUGCGAGGUGAUCUUCGCGGUACAUCUGCACGAUUCCGGGUUCAGCUGGACAAGCCCAGUCCAGCUACGAUCUAUUCGGACCCCAUCUCCCGAAUUGGCAUGGAGGUCAAGCGCCACGAUUCGAAAGCGAGGUUGAUCGUUAAUGACGUCGACGAGAAUCCAAGGCAAAGGACGCCUGUGGCCCAGUGGAACACUGCCGAAGAGCGGCAGGCAGACCGCGGCGACGAGGAACAGCAUGCCAGCCUUGCAAUCAAGCCAGGUGACCGCAUCAAGGCUGUGAACGAACUCAAUUCUGCAACUCUGAUGCUCAGCGAGCUGCAGGAAGCCGCGAAGCCGGAGGAGCCACGGCCCGUCAACCUGGAGGUGUCAAGAGACAUCUCGAAUGUGCUGGCGCCAUCACCUCCGAAGCCGAAAGCAUCUGCGAGUGUGCCUGCGCUGAUCCCGGAGGGAGGGCCUUCAUCCAUGAGCCGCCCGCCCAAACCACCCAGGUCUCCGGCUAGGGGUGAUCGCGGGCGGAGUGUCACAGAAAGCGGGUGGAGAGCGUCCUCGCGAAGCAAGGACCUUCCAUCUGUGCAGCUUCCUGGAAUGCCGAUGCAGUGGGAUGCAGGAAUGGACCUGCAGCUCAGGAGCAGGAAUGCUUCACCGGGACCAUCCCUUGCUGCCAAGAGGCGUGCCGUGUCUGUGGGAUCGUUCGAGCGUCAAGUCACCAGAUCUUCAUCACAGGGCGCGCUGUCGUCAGCUGGGUUCCAUGCCCUGAGGUCAUGA